ACGCUUCACCUUAGCCUGCAUGAACGUCCUCUUCUUUUUUUGUCUUGUUUUUAUAAGCUAUCUUGUUUCUUGAAUAGGGUUACUCACUCUUUUAAUAUUAUCACACUCUCUUUGCCCAUUGAGGACCUUGGAAGUUGCAACAUAUCCUACAGUCCCUCAAUUUAUAUAAAAUGGCAAUCAGCCAAGAGCAGGAUGCCCGACCAGUGUUCUUUUUUGACAUUGACAACUGUCUUUACUCAAGAGGUGAGUGGAAUCAGCGAUUGGUAACCCAGCACAUCUCUGACACUCAAUCAAUAGGCUCACAGAUCCACGAUAGAAUGCAAGAACUGAUUGAUGUAUUUUUUGUGAAAUAUCUGUCGCUUGAGCCCAAAGAUGCAACAAUGCUUCACCAGAAGUACUACAAGGAAUAUGGCCUUGCUAUCGAAGGCCUGACUCGCCACCACAAAAUCGACCCUCUGGUAUUUAACAAGGAGGUUGAUGAUGCACUACCACUGGAUGACAUUCUCAAGCCCGAUCCAAAGUUGAGGGAGUUCCUCGAGGAUCUCGACAGGAACAAAGUGAAGCCCUGGUUGCUCACCAACGCCUAUGUUACGCACGGCAAGCGAGUGGUCAAACUUCUCGGCGUGGACAAUCUCUUUGAGGGCAUCACUUAUUGCGAUUAUUCUCAGCCGAAACUUAUUUGCAAGCCCUCCGAUGAAAUGUGGGAGAAGGCCGAAAGGGAGGCUGGCGCCAAGUCAAUUGAUGAUUGCUACUUUGUUGAUGACUCUGCUCUCAAUUGCAGGUUUGCAGAGAAACGAGGUUGGAAAACAGUGCAUUUGAUCGAGCCAAUACUGGAGAUGCCAGUAAACCCGGCGUGCAAAAUCACGAUCCGUCGCCUGGAAGAACUUCGCGAAAUAUUUCCCCAAUUCUUCAAGAGCAAGCAAGAAGAGGCCAAGGCAGAGACGUUAUGAUAGAGUCAGCAUACCCAGUUUCUAGAGCAUAGAGAGAGUAUGCAUAGUUAGAAGUCAUUGUUAAUAUUGAUACGAAAUCCACUCUGACUGGCCAGUAAGAUAGGUACGAUCCAUUGUUUAUGGCUCCUUAUUGG